AUGAGUCGCCUCGCAAAGAUCGACACUGAUUGCGAGCGUCUACCGUCGGGCAUGCGCCGAGUUGCUUACGACGCUGAUACCCAACGUUACACAUACAAGGACCCAACAGAUGACUCUCUAUGGGAAGGUGCAGAGGGCGCCCGAUAUGGCCUUCUCCGACGAAAGACAAUAUCUCCACAGAGGCUUUUCAGUGAUCACUACGAUAAUGACCUUCUGCCUCCAUACCAACAGCACCCAGCUGGCAAUUGCACACGAACCAACCCAAGCGCUCACUGUUCUUGCUAUUUCUGCAAGGCCUCCGUAGCUGUCAAGCCGCCGAUGCGCGAACGCUCUAGUUCUUUAGUCCAAGGAGUCCAGUCUGUAGCUCAAACUAUCAAGAGAUCAGUAUCUGUUAGGGCGUCGAAACCUUCUGCUCCUAAAUAA